UCUCUCAUAGUCACACCUCCCCCAGCCCAUUCCUGCUCCCAGCGAUCCACUACGUCUGUCCUCACCAAGGUCCCUGAUCAUAUUCCUUUUCCCUUUAUGGCUCAGGCCUUCGCUGACUACCCUCUAUGUAAACUCUACCUCCCACACCUUCUGUUCCAUGCCUUACUUGUUUUUUUAAGAGUAUUUACCAUCAUUUAAUAGACACUUAGUGUUUUGCUCCUCCACUUUCUAUAGUAUCUGCCUUCUCUGUUAGGUGGAGCUCCAGGAGGCAGGGAUUUGCAUCCAUUUUGUUCAGUUUGAUACUAAGCACCUAGAACAGUGUCCAGCACACGGUAGUUUCUCCAUAAAUAUAUAUCCAGUUACUGAGUGACCAAAUCAUUCUGGAACUCCUGAAAUCUCUGGUCACUCCUCAGCUCCUUCAAGCAACUUUCUGCCUCUAAUUACCCAAAAAGUGAUAGUGUUCUCAAGUCUCCAUCAGGAGAAGGGUACAGCUUUAGUGGUAGAGUGCAAGCUUAUCAUGCCCAGGUCCUAGGUACAAUCCCCAGUACCUCCUACAACAAUUAAAUAAGUCAACCUGAUUACCUAUACCCAUCAGAUAAUAUUAUAAGGAAACCUCAUAGACCUGUCAGGUCUCCAUCAUCAGUGGCUUGUUUUCUCAUUCUAUUCACUCUGUGCAUCAUGUUGGAAGGUUGUUCUAGGGUUCAUCUGAGUAUAACUAAGAGAAUGCACAUAAGGAAUAUGUAUCCAGCCUUGACACAGUAGACUAACAGUUAUUAUUGUAAACAUACAAAACAUAGAAAAUUGAUGUAAGUUCCACAAGCAAAAAGCUCAUGUGCAUGUGACUUGUGUGACCAUGAGAGGUGAGCUGUGUUCUACUGAGUUGUUGCUCUGAGUUACAGCUUCCCAUGGCAUCUGGACCCAGCAUGAAGAACCCCGUCUGUCUGGUGGAAAGACAGAACAGCCAGAUGACAGUAAAUCCAAAUGCACUGAAGAUUCUCAACCAGAUAUCUCAGCCUGCGGUGGUGGUGGCCAUUGUAGGGCCGUAUCGGACGGGAAAGUCCUACUUGAUGAACCGCCUGGCAGGGCAGAACCAUGGUUUCUCUCUGGGCUCCACGGUGAGGUCUGAAACAAAGGGCAUCUGGAUGUGGUGUGUGCCCCACCCCUCCAAGGAGAGCCAUACCCUCGUCCUUCUGGACACCGAGGGCCUGGGUGAUGUGGAAAAGGGUGACUCAAAGAGUGACUCGUGGACCUUCACCCUGGCCGUGCUUCUGAGCAGCUGCCUUGUCUACAACAGCAUGAGCACCAUCAACCACCAGGCCCUGGAGCAGCUGCAGUAUCCUUCCCAGACCGGAGGCCCCAGGUCCAGUUCACUGAGUCGAAAUACAUUUCUGACAAGUUUUUAUCCUCUCCUUCUUGGGAGCCACAGGGAUGCAAAGCUCCCUGGAAAUGAAAGUCCUCACUCCCUGACCUGAAGUCUGUUUCUUCAGUGUUUAUUCUUUCUCCACUCUGCAGGCAAUGAUCCCCAAAUCCAAAAUUCCAACAUGCCCAGAGAGAUGAUCAGGAGUUUCUUUCCAAAACGGAAGUGCUUUGUCUUUGACCGGCCUGUCACCUCCAGAAAACUAUUAGUCCAUAUGGAGGACGUGCCAGAUGACCAACUGGAUGACAGUUUUCAGAUGCAGUCCAAAGCUUUCUGUUCCUAUAUAUUCACCCAUGCAAAACCCAAGACCCUAGGAGAGGGGAUCACAGUCACUGGGGGAGGGUUGGGGACGCUGGCAGUGGCCUACGUGGACACCAUCAACAGUGGGGCAGUUCCUUGUUUGGAGAACGCAGUGAUGACUCUGGCGGAGCGUGAGAACUCAGUGGCCGUGGAGAAGGCAGCCGCCCACUACAGCGAGCAGAUGGCCCAGCGCCUGACCCUCCCCACGGACACGCUGCAGGGGCUGCUGGAGGUGCACGUGGCCUGUGAGAGGGAAGCCAUCGCAGUCUUCAUGGGGCACUCCUUCAAGGAUGACAAGCAGGAGUUCCACAAGAAACUUGUGGUCACCAUCCAAACAAAGAAGGAAGACUUCUUGGUGCAGAAUGAAGAGGCCUCUGUCAAAUACUGUCAGGCUGAGCUUCAGAAGCUUUCAGAGCCCUUGACUGAACAUUGUUUGAAAGGAACUUUCUUUGCUCCUGGAGGACACAAGCUCUACUUAGAAAUAAGGAACAAGUUUGAACAGGAGUAUAUGCUGCUGCCCAGGAAAGGAGUCAAGGUGAGGAGUAAAGGGGUGGGAAAAGAACAGCAGAUUGGAGUCAGAGGUUCUGUGCUGAUUCAUGUGGUUGCCAGGUCCUGCCUUGUGCAGAAGCCACUAUCUGCUGCUUGAGACCAGGUCACCAGGACACUGACUUUGGAGC